UCCCCAAUCGAGCGCUCGGCGCUUGCGCCGUGACCCAGCGGGGCCAUGGCCGGCUUCAUCAACUUCGCGGACGAGGAGGAGGUGCGGGCGUACCUGGAGAACCUGCACGUGGAGUACAGCUACCAGUGCUACAAGGAGAAGGACCCGGACGGCUGCCAGCGCUUCGCCGAUUACCUGGACGCCGUGAAGAAGGACUUCGCGGCGGCGGCGCGGGUGCUGCGCGACAACUGCGAGGUGCACGGGCACAGCGAGAGCUGCUACAAACUGGGGGCCUACCAGGCCCUCGGCAAAGGUGGACUCAGCCCAGAUUUGAAAGCUGCCUACAAAUCUUUCAUGAAGUCAUGUGAGAAAGGUGGGAAGAAGUCAGCAAAUGCAUGUCACAGCGCUGGGCUGCUGGCCCAGGACGGGAGAGCCAACAAUGAUCAGCCUGACCCUGUUGUCGCUAGAGACUAUUUCACAAAAGGCUGUGACGGCAAUUUUGCUCCCAGCUGCUUCAACCUGAGUGUGAUAUAUCUGCAGGGAGCACCUGGGGUCCCCAAGGACAUGAGCCAUGCCUUGAAGUACUCGCUGAAAGGCUGUGAGCUGGGGCACGUGUGGGCUUGUGCCAAUGCCAGCCGAAUGUACAAACUGGGAGAUGGCGUUGAGAAGAAUGAUGCCAAGGCAGAGGAUCUGAAAAACAGGGCAAAACAGUUGCAUAAAGAACAGAAAGAAGCUGCAAGUUCUCUAACAUUUGGGGAGUAAAACUGGCAGUUGCAGAUAUUAAGACUGGCUUUUAAAUGGCAAGUGAACUUGUUAUUUAAAUUGUGAGCAUACAGUUUUCAUUUAAAUA